AUGGCUGGCACGGCCAAGACCCUGCUCCUGGGCUUCCUCCUAGUCCUUGCUGUUGCGGCGACCUCGACGCAGGCGGCAGCCACCAUGCUGACGCUCCACAACCUGUGCCCGUACCCCGUGUGGCCGCUGGUGACCCCGAACACCGGAUUCCCCGCCAUCUCCGAGAACACGGGCCGCCUCGACGGCGGCGGGCGCGGGCUGGUCUCCUUCCGCUUCCCGGACAGCUUCUGGGCGGGCCGCGUGGUGGCGCGCACGGGCUGCAGCAGCAGCUCCGGGCCGCCGCCGUCGUCCCGCUGCGAGACGGGGAGCGCGCCACCGGCGACGGUGGUGCCGCUGGUGGUGCACGCGGAGGCGGAGGGGUGGCAGCAGGACCUGGCGGCGUACAGCGUGAGCCUGGUGGACGGGUUCAACGUGCCCGCCGUGGUGAGCCCGCAGGCGGUGGGCGGCGGGCAGUGCCCGGCCCUGGGGUGCGCGGCGGACCUCAACGCCGGGGGCCCGCCCUCGCAGCGCGUGCCGGGGGCCAGAGGCGCCGUGGUGGCGUGCAAGGGCCCCCCCCCGGGAUACUUCAAGGAGCGGUGCCCGCUGACGCGCACCACGGCCACCGAUGUCGAGCCCGUGCCGCAGCGGUGCUUCGCGCCUGGUGAGAUCAAGGUCGUCUUCUGCCAGUCCGCCAUGGUGAACGCCGCCGCCGGCGACGCCGGGCGCAUCCGCACCGUCGUCGCAGACAACUAG